AACGAAUACGAAGUGGCCAACCACUUUGUUAAUAACUUCAACCCUUUUCACUGCCAGGUUAGGAAAGCAAAAUAGUAUUCAGCUACACAUGAUCUAUCUUCAUCCGGUUCCUCAAACUAGAAAAAUGAGUGAAGCGGGGAAAAGGGAGUAGAGCUAAUCCUCCUAGCACGGAAGGGACCCAUCCUGUCAUUCUCUCCUAGCCACCCAAGUUGGAGACCUCUCUGAUCAUGCAGUGCAUCCAUGGGUUUCUAGAAGAAUAUGAUCCACACAUUCACGUGAUGUGGGGAACAAAAUAUUACAGGUGGCCCAGAAAAAAAAGACCCUGAAAUGAUGAAUGAGGGCCUGGCCACUACUAAGAUUACUCCAGUAAUUAAGUUUACAAAAGAAGAAGAAACAAAGAGACAAUGACUGAUCAUUCUAGUAUCCAGAGGAAUAAGUGCCAGUCCAAGUUGGGUGAAAGCACCACAACAUUGGAAGGCGUAAUUUGCCCUGUUCUUAUGCAAAGUACUGGAAAUAGAAAUGCUUCUCUCCAUCCAAAUCUCCCCAAUUUGGGUAGUUCCUCCUUGAUAAAUGACAAUUGCAUUUAACUAAAACACGCAUAUACAUAAUGGAAAUAACAGAACAAAUAACUGGCGAAGCCACUAGUGUUUUGUGAUUAGCAUUAACUACGCAGUGGUGUUACCAUGUUGUCGUGUGAAUGUGGUGUGACUGUCAUUUUGGGACCCAUUUGAAUAGCUAAUACAACAUUUAAUUUGGACUAGAACUUCAAAUAAGUUGUUUGAUCCAGGGCACAAAAAAAAAACUAUGUAUAAAAUAAAAAAACUAGUUGAGACAGUCCUAGAUUAACCAAAAAAAACUUAGCGGCAUUGUACGUAAACAAGGAAUCAUCUCAUUUCAGGUUAAAGAAUCACCCUUGCAAUUUAAAACAAAUCCAUACCAAAUUCAAACUACAAAAGUAGAUCGCUUAAUUCCAAACAAACAGCCCCAACAUCUAACUUUGGCUUCUACGACAACAAAAAACCAGCAUAGUAUAUCAUUUACAUAUAACCACAAUCAUUUGUUCGACAAGGGUGAAUCCAUAUAGUUAUUAAGAUUAAUCAUCAGAGAUAUGCUUAUUCAAGGUUAACAUCAUUGAACGGUAUAUAGAAAAUAGUUCUCUGAAUCAGCAUAGAUAACUCCAGAGACCAGUAAUCUUAGUGGUAUUCUAUAUCAUUGCUCCCCCAUUAAGGCUAAAGAUCGCCAACUCAUUGCAUUAAGCCACUAUGUUCACCAAAUUUUAAUACGUAACAGCUAUUUAAGUGGAUAUCAAUAAAAGGGUUGGUUUUUGUGUACCUUCUUUCUGAAUAUUGUGCCUGUGCACUUUAUUGUUCACUUCUUCAUUGCGGUCUGGCAGUAGCUAAGCGAUCCAAAAUACACCACGCCAUCCUCCUUUGUCACUGUAGAAAAAGUUAGCAUACACCAUAUCAGAAAAUACAUUGUCACUUUCAUGUUCAUCUAGACCUUUCUCCAUGGGUUGGAAGGACCACCAUGCCUGCCCCUAUAUAUAUGAACCAAAUGAUUCCUCGCCAGCUCAAAAACAUAAUUCAAUCAGAAAGCUAGAGAUCCAGGAUUAGACACCGAGUACAUUAAGAGUAGUCUGUGGAGACAGAGAUGGACGAAGCACAAAAUUUGAAUAUGUGGCAAGGCUAUGUAGACUGGAGGAACAAGCCUGCUAUGAGAGGCCGUCAUGGUGGAAUGAUAGCAGCAACGUUUGUCUUGGUUGUGGAGGUACUAGAAAAUCUAGCAUUUCUGGCUAAUGCAAGCAACCUUGUACUCUACCUAUCAAAGUUCCUGCAUUUCUCUCCAUCUGGCUCAGCGAAUAUUGUAACUAAUUUCAUGGGCACAUCCUUCCUCCUAGCUCUGGUUGGCGGUUUUCUAGCCGAUGCCUAUUUCAGCACCUACUGCAUCUAUUUAAUAAGCGCAGUAAUCGAAUUCAUGGGAUUGUCAGUGCUUACAGUCCAAGCUGGUAUCACCUCAUUGAAACCACCAUCAUGUGUCACCAACACUAGCAUCCCAUGUGAAGAAGCAAACGGUGAGAAAGCAGCAAUGCUCUUCACAGGCCUCUAUAUGGUGGCACUAGGUGUUGGAGGGAUCAAAGGUUCGCUUCCUCCACAUGGUGCAGAGCAAUUCGAUGCGACCACACAGUUAGGAAGAAAGCAGAGAUCAGCAUUCUUCAAUUACUAUGUGUUCUGCCUCUCUUGUGGAGCUUUGAUUGCGGUUACAUUUGUCGUUUGGAUUGAAGACAACAAAGGUUGGCAAUGGGGUUUGGGAACUGCUACCACUGCAAUAUUCCUAUCGAUACCAGUCUUCAUCCUUGGCUCCCCAACUUAUAGGACCAAAAUUCCUACAGGCAGCCCCAUCACAACCCUUUUCAAGGUUCUCGCAGCAGCAAUUUACAAUGCCUGCAAAUCUAGGAGUCCUAGUAAUGCUAUCAUGGGAAUGGAGACAAGCUCCUGUUCUACCACUACUACUACUACCAGUGAAGGAGAAGAUAGAACCGACCAAAGCAAGACUCCAAACAAAACAACUGCAACAGAGAGCCUCAACUUCCUCAACAGAGCAACGGGGAACAAGAAUGCAGCCUACAGAAUGCUCCAAUGUAAAACCAAUGAGGUAGAAGAGGUAAAGAUUGUGGUGAGGAUACUCCCGAUCUUCAUGUCUACCAUAAUGCUCAAUUGCUGCCUCGCCCAGCUAUCUACGUUCUCUGUGCAACAAGCAGCAACAAUGAACACCAAACUAGGUUCCUUCAAAGUCCCACCAGCUUCGCUCCCCAUAUUUCCUGUCAUCUUCAUCAUGAUCCUGGCACCGGUCUACAACCACAUCAUCAUUCCGUUUGCAAGGAAAGUUACAAAAUCCGAAAUGGGGAUCACCCAUUUGCAAAGAAUAGGGACAGGACUGGUUCUUUCAGUUGUAGCAAUGAUGGUGGCAGCCAUUGUGGAGAGCAAGCGAAAGAGAACUGCAACACAAUUAAGAUUCCUAAAUGCUUCUGCUGAACCUCUGCCCAUGACAUUCCUUUGGAUAGCAUUGCAGUAUGUGUUCCUUGGAUCAGCAGAUCUCUUCACCUUGGCCGGAAUGAUGGACUUCUUCUUCUCGGAAGCACCAUUGAGCACGAGGUCAUUGGCCACAUCAUUGUCUUGGGCCUCACUGGCAAUGGGAUACUAUCUAAGUUCUGUGAUCGUUUCGUUAGUGAAUAGCAUCACGGAUGCCUAUGGACACACGCCUUGGCUUCAAGGUAGCAACUUGAAUGAGUAUCGCCUAGAGAGGUUUUACUGGUUGAUGUGUGUGUUGAGUGGAAUCAACUUCUUACACUAUCUGUUUUGGGCAUGCCGCUACCAGUACAGAUCAACUGAGGCUGAAUCAGCGGAGUGAGCAGAUAAACCUACUCACCAAGACUCAGCAUCUUUAUUUUCUGAAUCAACUUCACCGUCAUUACUAACAACUAUCCAAGAUAUGUAUACUAGCUAGCUUCGCAUUAUUCUUGAUCGCGAGCAGUUACUAGAAAGCAUUAUGUUUCCACCCUGUACUGAUAUGUAUUGAGAUUCUAAUACAAUAAACCUUGUCAUUUCAGUGCUACUCUGGUUGUGGAUUGUUUUAUGAGUAACCAGUUCCGAUUGCAAAAACCAAUAGGCAUCAUCUAUGUCACGACUGCAAGAAGGGAAAUACAAACUACUGCACGCAAUCUAGGUAUCAAAUGACGGCACUAACACCCCACGAAAUGAAUAGGAAACGAAUAAUCGGAAACCCUAACCCCGAGCCUUGCCAAAACCCAAAAACAGACUGAAUUCAAUGGAAGCUGUACCAAGCUCUUAGGAUAGGAGAAGCUUCUUAAAUGGAACUUUGCGCCAAGUCCCUGGUAAAUCUUCCUUCUAUAUACAGACUGCGGCUGCCACUGCCAAUAGCUUAAUUUUACCGGAAGUCUUCGAAGGUAAGAAGCAUUUUAUCUCGUCUUUUCAUUUCUUCUCAAGAAUCAAGCGAAAGAGAGGAGUAAGCAACUCUGCUACUAGGGUGGAAGUUUGGUUUGUGGUUUAAUAGCAAAUUGCAUCAAACCACACACGUAGUUUGAUUAAUCUUUAUCCGCAUUUUGGAUUAGUGAUUUUAUUGUGAUUAGUAAAAUUGUGAAUUUAGUGGUUAGUAGUUAACUACUAAGUACUAACUAAUGUGAUCAAAUAAUAAUAACGGUACAACCCACACUUAUCUAUUGAAAUUUUAUUUUUAUACCAAAUAGUAUGCAAUAACUAAUAUUAAUAAGUAUAUUUAUCAAAUUCAGAAGACUUGUCUAAAGUUUAGUAGUUAGCACUUUAACAAGUUAUUUGUUACAUUGUUGAAUUAGUUAUAGAAGAUUCUAAUGUCUACUAAUUACUAAAUUAUUGACAUCUUAUUGAAUAAGAAUGACGUCGAAUUGUAAUUAAUAGUGUAUUGUUAUUUAAUAGUUUUAUCGAUUUUUUAUUUUGUUCAUGAUUUUCUCCACAUAUUUUAUUGCUCUAUUUUUUUGUAUAUAUUUUAUUGGAUAUAUCUUCCAUAUGUGAAAUAUUAUUCUUAAUUUUUACCGUUUAUAUCAUCAUUUAUAUUUUGUUAUUGAUAACAAACUUAAAAGAAAAAUAUAGAUAUAUUUAUGAGUGCGAUUUGUGGUUAGGGUAUUUAGAGAUUUGUGGUUGUGGUUAACCGCAAAAUGUGGUGCGGUUAACCACUGGCGCACCGACUGCCACCCCUAUCUGCUACCACCACGUUCAUCUUGGUGGUGUAGAAGUGAACAAAACACACACAUAUAUGGUGACUUCUAAGUACCCCAAUGAAAUUCAGGGUUCGCAUACCUUGAGUAUGACAAUGCUAUCUAAACCUCAUAUUAGCAGGAUUUUUUGGCCUAAUAUUAUACCCUAACCCUUAAUGAGUGAACCCUAGGUCCUAAUUAUCUAAAUCAUAAACUAUAAACCCUAAGAUGGUGCAUUCUUUUUUUUACCUAUAUUUGGACGAAUCACAACCGUCGAUAAUUGUUUCUAAUUAAACUGAUCUUGGGGUAUAAGGUUUAGAGAAUCAAGACCUAAAUUUUGAUAUUUAAGGGUUAGGGUAUAGUAUCAUGUUCGAAAGAUCAGUCAAUUCAAGGUAUGGAUAGAGCUUUCAUAUUCAAGGUAUGCGGUACCAUGGAUUUCACCCUGCGUGAGAAGUCAUAAAGGCAAAUGGGGAUGUAGCUCAGAUGGUAGAGCGCUCGCUUAGCAUGCGAGAGGUACGGGGAUCGAUACCCCGCAUCUCCACUUUUUCCUGAUUGUUUCUAUUUUUACCUUGGCGAUGAUUUAUCAUAGAACAGUAGUCCGAUCAUUGUGAUUAUAUUUUCUACCAAUCUCUCAAUUCAGAAUCCAAAAUGAUUUAAUAUAAAACAAACCUAGAAAGUUUAUCCCAACAAACAUUAAAACCCCAAAAAAUACAGAAUAUUUCCACAUUUCAAUAAGUUUCCAGCAAUCCUUCGAGCAAACUAAGCUAACAAACAGCCCAGCAGAGCCGAUUCCUAGUGCUCCGGAGACCAUAGCUAAACAACCACUAUCCCCGCCGAAUCAUCCGGUAUUAUCAGUAUUGCUGCUACCACCGGCGGAAGCGCUGUGCACACGAGUGUCGCUGGUUAAACGGUGGCCACCUUCUCUAACAGCUGAGCAGCCUCAAUUCCUCUGCUUUGGAGAACAAGCCUAGCUUCUCGAUCGACGAUAGUGUGACUCCCAUCUCUUUUGUCUUAUCGAGCAGGCCGACCUUCUCGAUAUUGCUCAAAAAUUUAUGCCUCUCUAGUUUCUUGAACGCGUCCACUUCCAGCUACUUGCCGCUUUCGUAAAAUAUCCUUUUGUCGUACCACUGCUUCCUCUACCUGUCGGCGUACUUGUUCACCUAGUCCAACCAUUAUUUUUUCUCUUUCUCAAUGGAAAUCAAAAUUCUCCUUACUGCUGGACAUUUAAUUGAAGUUUAAGAUAUGCGCAAGUCAACACUGGUUUACCUUCUUUUGUGGGGAACUAAAGGAACUAAACAAAAUCAAGGCAAACAUGAGCAAAGUUCAACAAGCACUCCAAGUAAUUGACAUGAGAACUCUCAGAACUGCUUCUGAUGUUCAAAAUCUUAUCAUUCAUAGAGAAGUCAACCAAUCUAGAGUUGGAUCUGACCCCUCUUGCAACAAAAGCAUUGCCCUCCAUUAAGAAAUCCUAGAGCGAAAGAAUAAAAGAAUACAAGAUAUUCGAGAUGAUCUUUCAAGCAUCAAGACCUCACAGCAAGAGUUGAAAGCUUUAUAGGAAUCUUAUGAGGAGCGCCUAUUCGAUAUGAAUGAGAAGCUAAGGAAGCUCAAGGAACACAAAGAACACGAUCAGUCAAAGGUAGUGACAAGAAGUGGGAAGGAGACCUAGCCACCUAUUUACCUUAUAACACCACGAGAACCUCUAAGGAGAAAACGAGAAAGUCAACACCCCUACCUCCGCAUGAAGACAUCAUAAUUGAAGAACCAUCAAGGCCAGAAGGAAAACAUCCAACUCGCCCACCAAAUCAUGAAAGGGAGCAAGGAGCCUCCAUCUGGCACUCUACAAGGGAAGCAGACAACUCAAAGAUGGUAGAAGCACCAUAUCCUGAGAGGCUCAAGACAAACAAGAAGAAUGAUGAUAUUUUCCUCGAAACUCUGGGAGAUGUGAGCAAUCUACAUGUAGACAUGCCCUUAGUAGACGUACUAGGUAGAAUCCCAGAAUACUCCAAAUAUAUGAAAGAAUUCUUG